AUGUCGUUAUUAGUUCCCAAUAGUAACGAUUACCAUGAUGCGCAUGGUGAUAUUGAUCAGGAUGCAUUAUAUCACCGGUUAAUCACCGAGCGGUACUCGCUGGCUCCCGUAUGGAAGUUUUCUCCACAACAAGGCUUCUUCAAACAAUCUUCACCAGACACAAAUGACAUGGAGUUUAGAUACACCGAAGAAGAUUUAGGCAUACAGAAACCUUGGGAAUCCAUAGUUGAGAAAAUAAAUGAAUUGAAUGCGUCUGCAUCUUCCAAUGUCCAAUACAAGCUAAUUUUCUUUGCUCGGCAUGGACAAGGGUGGGCAAAUGUUGCUGGACGCAAAUAUACCAAAGAGGAAUGGUACAGCAAAUGGCGAUUCUUGGGCACUGAUGGUGAAAUUACAUGGGGCCCUGAUGCUGAUUUGACGGAAUUGGGAAUCAAGCAGGCGUGGGAGAAUCACAAUGUUUGGAGCACCCAGUUGGAGAAAGGAGCCCCGUAUCCGAAAUCCUUCUACGUAUCUCCACUUCAGCGAUCAAUUAAAACGCACAAUAUCACUUGGCCCAAUACGAACCCAUUAGUGGUGGAAAAUUUGCGAGAAACUAUUGGAUUGCACCUCUGCCAUAAACGCUCAACCAAGAGUCAGCUUCGUGCCAGAUUCCCCAAUCUUGUGUUUUCGGAAGACUUUGAAGAAGAUGACAAACUUUUUAAAGAGUAUGUUUAUCCAAGAAGAGAGCAUCUACACGAGCAAUUUGCUAGAGUCCAUGAUGUGUUGCAAAAUAUCUUUGAAAAGGACGAGAAUGACAUCAUCAGUAUAACUUCCCAUGCAGGAACCAUUAGAGCAUUCAUCACAGUCAUUGGUCACAGAAAAUUCACCAUUCCUACAGGAGACCAUAAUAAUUCAGCAUCUGCAAAAAGAUCAAAGACUGUCAAGUCUAAAAAUCCCGUCAACCUGGAUACGCAACUAUCAGAAUGCUUCAAGACUGUUUCCACCUCGCUUUAUGUUUCAUUGGCACCUGCAUUCAUCAAUGACCCCAUCCUAGGAAUCAAACAACAACAUCUAGAUCCACUAGUGAUGAGGUUUCAUCCAAAGUUAAAAGGAGUCAUACUAUCUUACUCAAACAUAUCGUUGCAGUCUGAGGCACAGGACCAAAACCUUGCUAAAAUCGAAGGUUCUUCCCCAUUUACAUUCCUUUGGGUCGACGUGCAGUUUUUAAUUUGGAGUCCAAGCGUAGGUGAUGUAUUGGAAGGAGACAUUUUCAUCCAAACUCCGUCACAUUUGGGAUUGUUAAUCUGCGAUGUUUUUAAUGCAUCCAUAAAGAAAUUCAAUAUCCCCAUGGGAUGGACUUUUACAAAUAGUCAACAAGAUGAAGUAGGUGGAACUGAUGAUAAAAAGACUUAUGGCUACUGGAGUGAUGAAAACGGACAAAAAGUUGAUGGUAAAUUGAAAUUCACUGUCAAGAAUGUGUACACCACUGGAAGAGUUGUCAGUGUAGAAGGUACUUUGAUUACACCUGGCGAAGAACGAAAUGCUCAGCCCGUUUAUAAAGAAAAGAACAGCUCCCAACCAACAGGUAAACACAAGAAAUUUGAUGAUGAUGAUGACGACAAUGAUGUGAGUGGGACUGUGACUACAACUGAAAUUGCCGAGCCAGAUGAAAACGAAGACUUGCCUGCUUAUAUCAAUGAGAGUGAAGAUGCAGAUGAAAAUGAAGAUGGACAAGUUGUAAACAAGUCCGACUCAGCCGAGGAUGAAGUAGAAUCCGAUUAA